UUUACCAUCCUCGUAGGAGGUCCUUAAAGAUCUGCCUGCGAACUCCAAUGAUUGGGCGCUUACUAGUUACGGGAGGCAGCCCUCCCGGAGGGUGUCCAGCUCAGAGGGCUGGCUGCUCUUUCGCUUGUCCAUAACUUCCACCCAGUGGUCUUAGGCUCCCUUCGGAUGUGGUACCGACCGGGUGCCAUCCUUAUUUCACUUGACCGAGUCCGAGCUGCAGCCGACGGUGGAAGCUGCAAGGGCUGGGCAGAGUUCCAGGCAAGAGGGGCCGAGAGGCGUGAGCAGCGCUCCGCGGCGCUUGUCAGAGAAAUGGAGCAGCGGCUCCUUUGUGGGCUGAUGCUAAACUACUGGCGGACUACAGAGGAGAGGGGUCCCGUCUUCUCCUGAUGUUUAAAAAAAAAGUAAAGCAAUUUCUGCUGCGAGCCCAAGACGGGCGAGCCGCCUGAGAUCUCUUCAAGAUACCCCAGGGGAGGAGGAGAUGGGCUGGAUUUAGUAGGACAACUCGGUUACUAAUGACUCCGCGGCUGGCUGGGACCCGCCGGGAAAUCAGGUGCAAGCGUUUGCCUGUAGGUACCUGAGCUGACACCGACGGUGCCUAAAGAUGCUGAGCGGCGUUUGGUUCCUCAGUGUGUUAACCGUGGCCGGGAUCUUACGGACGGAGAGUCGCAAAACUGCCAAAGACAUUUGCAAGAUCCGCUGCCUGUGCGAAGAGAAGGAAAACGUACUGAAUAUUAACUGCGAAAACAAAGGAUUUACAACCGUCAGCCUGCUCCAGCCCCCCCAGUAUCGAAUCUAUCAGCUCUUCCUCAAUGGAAACCUCCUGACAAGACUGUACCCAAACGAGUUCGUCAAUUACUCCAACGCAGUGACUCUCCACCUGGGUAACAACGGGCUGCAGGAGAUCCGAACUGGGGCGUUCAGCGGCCUAAAGACCCUCAAGAGACUGCACCUCAACAACAACAAGCUCGAGGUGCUGAGAGAGGACACCUUCCUGGGCCUGGAGAGCCUGGAGUACCUCCAGGCUGACUACAAUUACAUCAGUGCCAUCGAGGCAGGGGCAUUCAGCAAACUGAAUAAGCUCAAAGUGCUCAUCCUGAAUGACAACCUUCUGCUGUCGCUGCCCAGCAACGUGUUCCGCUUCGUCCUGCUGACCCACUUAGACCUGAGAGGGAAUAGGCUGAAAGUGAUGCCUUUCGCUGGUGUCCUUGAACAUAUUGGAGGGAUUAUGGAGAUUCAGCUGGAGGAAAACCCAUGGAACUGCACUUGUGACUUACUUCCUCUCAAGGCUUGGCUGGACACCAUAACCGUUUUUGUUGGGGAGAUUGUCUGUGAAACUCCCUUUAGAUUGCAUGGGAAAGAUGUGACCCAACUGACCAGGCAAGACCUCUGUCCCAGAAAAAGUACCGGUGACUCUAGUCAAAGGGGCAGCCAUGCUGACGCACAUGUCCAAAGACUGUCACCUACAAUGAAUCCUGCUCUCAACCCAACCAGGGCUCCAAAAGCCAGCCGGCCACCCAAAAUGAGAAAUCGGCCAACUCCCCGGGUCACCGUGUCAAAGGACAGGCAGAGCUUUGGACCGAUCAUGGUAUACCAGACCAAGUCCCCUGUACCCCUCACCUGUCCCAGUAGCUGUGUCUGCACCUCUCAGAGCUCAGACAAUGGUCUAAACGUAAACUGCCAAGAAAGGAAGUUCACUAAUAUCUCUGACCUGCAGCCCAAACCUACCAGUCCAAAGAAACUCUACCUAACAGGGAACUAUCUUCAAACUGUCUAUAAGAACGACCUCCUAGAAUACAGUUCUUUGGAUUUGUUACAUUUAGGAAACAACAGGAUUGCAGUCAUUCAGGAAGGUGCCUUCACAAACCUGACCAGUUUACGCCGACUUUAUCUGAAUGGCAAUUACCUUGAAGUGCUGUAUCCUUCUAUGUUUGAUGGACUGCAGAGCUUGCAGUAUCUCUAUUUAGAGUAUAAUGUCAUUAAGGAAAUUAAGCCACUGACCUUUGAUGCUUUGAUUAACCUCCAGCUACUGUUUCUGAAUAACAACCUGCUGCGGUCCUUACCUGAUAAUAUAUUUGGGGGCACGGCCCUCACCAGGCUGAAUCUGAGAAAUAACCAUUUUUCUCACCUGCCUGUGAAAGGGGUGCUGGAUCAGCUCCCUGCUUUUAUCCAGAUAGAUCUGCAAGAGAAUCCGUGGGACUGCACCUGUGACAUCAUGGGGCUAAAGGACUGGACGGAACAUGCCAAUUCUCCUGUCAUCAUCAAUGAGGUGACCUGUGAAUCUCCCGCUAAGCACGCAGGGGAGAUACUGAAAUUUCUGGGGAGGGAGGCUAUUUGCCCGGACAGUCCAAACUUGUCAGAUGGAACCAUUUUGUCAAUGAAUCACAACACAGACACACCUCGGUCGCUUAGUGUGUCUCCCAGUUCCUAUCCUGAACUACACACUGAAGUUCCACUUUCCGUCUUAAUUUUAGGAUUGCUUGUUGUCUUUAUCUUAUCUGUCUGUUUUGGGGCUGGUUUAUUUGUCUUUGUCCUGAAACGCCGAAAGGGGGUGCCAAGUGUCCCCAGGAGUGCCAACAACUUAGAUGUAAGUUCCUUCCAGUUACAGUAUGGGUCUUACAACACUGAGACUCAGGAUAAAACGGAUGGCCAUGUCUAUAACUACAUCCCCCCACCUGUAGGUCAGAUGUGUCAAAACCCCAUCUACAUGCAGAAGGAAGGAGACCCAGUAGCCUAUUACCGAAACCUGCAAGAAUUCAGCUACGGCAACCUGGAGGAGAAAAAAGAAGAGCCAGCCACACUUGCUUACACUAUAAGUGCCACUGAAUUGCUAGAGAAGCAGGCCACACCAAGAGAGCCUGAGCUGCUGUAUCAGAAUAUUGCUGAGCGAGUCAAGGAACUGCCCAGUGCAGGACUAGUCCACUAUAACUUUUGUACCUUACCUAAAAGGCAGUUCGCCCCCUCGUAUGAAUCUCGACGCCAAAACCAAGACAGAAUCAAUAAAACCGUUUUAUAUGGAACUCCCAGGAAAUGCUUUGUGGGGCAGUCAAAACCCGACCACCCUUUACUGCAAGCUAAGCCGCAAUCAGAACCAGACUACCUCGAAGUUCUGGAAAAACAAACUGCAAUCAGUCAGCUGUGAAAGGAAAUCAUUUACAACCCUAUGGCAUCGGAGGAUGCUGCUCCAAACUGUUGGAAGCACUGCAUUUGCUCUCCUGUCUGUUUGUGUUGGCCCUUUCUCAGCGUCAGUGGGGGACUUUGCAAAUGUUUGGGGGAUGGGGUGAAGCAAUGAUACUGCUUUUUCAAGUUUUCCUUUAAAUUAUUUCUCUCUGGCUCUCCCCCUCCCACCUUUUUUUCCCUUCUCUCCUUAGGAAUCAUCACUGAACAUGAAUGUUUCUACAAUGCAUUUUUUUCAUAUAUUUUGUUUCUUUUUUCUUCUUUUAUUUUUCCAGUGUGGGAAUGGGAAGAGGAGAUUAUAGUGAAUGAAGAAAGAGUAAGCAAACUUUGCAGAUGAAAACGGAUAUUUUGUAGAAGAUCUCCAAAGAUCUUUUGAGACUAUAAAUUCUUUUGUAAAUAAUGAUAUAUGGUAUUUCCGUCUUCAGUUUUCAAGAUAGCCACUAGGCAUCACUUCUUUGUGUUAAAGUGCCUUUGCACUUUAAGUACAUUACUUAAAUGUUGCUUUUAGCUUUGAUAAAUUGAACAUAUUUUAAUGUGUUGUAUUUUUGAAAUUAAAAACACUGUAAAAUAGAUUGAAAUGUCAGCUAUAUGAAGUCAACGUACAGUUUGCUUGAGUUAUAGAAACCAGCCUAUCAUCAAAUGAUUCUAGUUCUAGGACUUUAUAGAUUUAACUGUAAAAUAUUUCCUUUCCUCUGGGUUUGUUGUAAGUGAUUUUAUUUAAGUCAACUAAGGGGAUUUAACAGUGGACUAGAGGUAAUAAACCACCUCAGUUGGGAUUAGUAAUUCAUUAAUAAAAUAUAUUUAACCCAAUAUCAGAGUGAAUUGAACAAUUAAUGCCCUUCCCUAAAUCAUUAUUUUACACUAACAUGGUCAGUGUUUUAGAUUAUUUUCCUAAUUAAGAGUACAUUACACAACUUGUAAUAUAUUUUUUCUGCAUUAAAUUAGAUAUUUUUAUAUAUUUAAAUGAAAGAGUCUGUAUUUCUAACUUUUUAAUUGAAAUUAAUAUUUUUUCUGCCUAUUGAAACAUUUUCUACAAACACACACCAGUAGAGGCCGCCACACACCUCAUUUAAUAAAGACAUAGGAGCCAUUAAAUACCUGGAAGGAAGACUUCAAAGGUCAGAUUCAACUUCCCAAGUAAGUUCUCUGCAAAUUCAAGGCAGCAGAGACAAAUGUCUACGUUACUUUCUAUUUCUUUUAGGAUUAAAGGUUAGGGUCAGAAUCCUUCUCAAUUUUCACAUUUUCAGAGAAAGCAGCAUUUUCCUCUUGAGUGUACCUAAGCGUUAAUGGGGUGCUGUCAUAUCGCGUACUAUUUGCAUCUCCGAAUCAAUUAGUGAGUCCCUAACCCCAAGACAGUCUGCAUCUGGUUGCUUCUGCCUUCUUGAGGCAUGUGUUACUUGAAUUUUUCCUUGUCAGCUUGAGCAAGGCUUUCCUUUUGGUCUUAGCAUUAAAAUGAUUUUAACUAACCAAGUCUAUAUAACGUUUCUGAAGCCUAUUCGCCUGUAAAUAAUUUUUAGAUGCAAAUGUUAUUUUGUGAUUUAAACAAACAGCCCUUCUUUACAACAAAAAAUCGUUUUGUUUUGUCUAUUGUAAAUCCUUAUGCAACUGGGAUGGUGAUCUGCAUAUAAAGUAGUCCAGCUUUUCACUUCCUUAUUAGAGCAAUUGAUGGCAUCUGAAAGAAGCACACUGUUUCCUUUUCAUAAAUAGGGUACUGCACAUAAUAAUCCUUUAUUAUCAUGUGGACAUUGAAGUGGAUCCUGAUAUCUUACUUUUAAAGCUUUAAAAUGACUAAUAGUACAUUGUCUGUCACUAUAAACAAUUCAUGUGAUAGGCUUUCAAUUAGGAAUUACUUAAAUCCAAAUGAUUUGGAUUAAUAACUACUGGUGCAAAAUAGCUUUUUUUAAACAAUAGAAGGUAAUUGUGUAUAUAUAAAUGUAAAGGGCGUUCAGGAAACAAUGCCUCUAACAAGCUAAAAUCUCUGAAUAUCUACAGUGACAAGCUAAUGUGUUCAUUCUUUGAUUAGAGAUCAUAAUUCCUAUUAAAUCUAUUAGAUCAAAGUCGAAAACGGUGGGCUGAAAUGAUCUACAAGAGAGGUAAUGUAGAGAGAUUUUACAUUUCAUAGAAGAGGAGCAAGAGUAUCAUGCUGGUUGAACUUGGAGAUAGCUCCUGGAAACCAUCUCCUCUCUUCUCUUUGAGUGAAGUACUUAUUAUACAUAAAAAAGAGUUUCAAAAACCCGCUUGUGGCUGCUCUCAUUUGGUGCAAUUAUAAAUACGGAAUAGAGAGGUAGGUAUUUGGGGAAAUGAUUAUGAAGGCAAAUUAUUAUAUAUACUCUGUUAAAGAUAGUUUUUAGGUUUAAACUACAUGACUAGAACUACUGAUGUAGUGAUUCCACUUGGGUGUUCUUAUUCUCCUGAAAGUAAAUUCAUUCCUGUAAAAUGCCAUCAUCCAUAGAUCAUUAAAUCAUUAGUCUUAAAUGGAGAUAGCUUAAUAUUCACUUAGUUACUUGAUUUUAAAGAGGCCUCCUGGAAGAACGAUUCAUAAACUCUCUUGCUUAAUAAUUACAGUUUACUUCUAGAUUCUCAUGCUUCUUAGAUUUGUACUUUAUUAAUAUUAGGUUUUAAGAUGAAAUUGUUUGAAUGUGGUCCAGACUAUUUCAUUUAAAGGCAUAACACAUCAUAUACUUUGAAGCUUUAUUUUCUAAUGCAAUUACAAACAUUGAGUUUAUUAACUUAAUAGCAUCCCCACUGACUACAUUGUUUUGCUUUAUCCACUCAAGUGCUUUCAAACAUAUUUUAUUUUAGGAUUUUUAAUUUUAUCUCCUACAGCUGGAUUUUGCUAUUUCCUUUUAUUUCACAUGCAGCUUGUAAUGGGUAUGAGCAUCAGCACAGCGAAAUGGUUCCAGCCAACAGAAUGCGAUCUCCCCUGGCCCUGCCUGGAACAGAUCUAUAUGUCUGGCCCUACAAAUGGCAAAUGGUAACUCCCUUCGAUUCCAGCUCUUAAUUAGUUGCUUUCACUGUUUCUGAAUAUACCUGUGGCUAAAUUUGUAUUGAAACACUCAAAAAUACCACUUCUCAGUCUGGACACAAUUGCCAAGAGUCUAAUUUGGUUCUCAAAUUUGGUCAACCUGUGUGCCUUUUUAGUUUACUCCAGCAGUUGGUGAGUAAGGAAAUGACCCUUCAAUAUCCUCUGCUUUGUCCUCUAACUCCUAAGCUGAUUUAAUUUCUCUAAAUAUUUGCAUGUCAUCAAGGGCUCAAUAUUUCAUGGAUUUUACAAAAAGUGUAUAAGGAACAACCGAGAGGUUCUGUGAUUUUUCAGACUCUGGAAAUUCAUUUUAAUUGUACACCUUCCAGAAACGUACUGGAUUGGAUGCUAGAGUGAAGAAAGCCUUCCAGACAAUCCUCCCAAUCCAAUCAUUUCUUCAUUCAUUCAUUCAUUCAAUAAAUAUUUAUUGAGUGCUUGCUUCCUAGGUGCCAGGCUCUAUUCUGUGUGCCGAGGGGACACAGAGAUAGAAUAGACAGGAUCUCUGCCUCUCUCCUCCCCCCACCCUCCACAGUGAGCAUAGUGCUAAUAAAGGAGAACCUUAUCUGAGUGACAAUCACCCAGAGUAAACGGUGGGAACAGUCAGGAAAUGCAGGAAGUUGGGUUUGUAAAGGUGAUUCUGUACAAUGAAGUAUAAAACUGAUGUAUCAUCAACAGACUAGCUACAAUGUAACUACAACAUCUCUUUAGAGUUACACAGCUAAAAAGGAAAAAACCCCACAAAAAUAAAAUAAAACAAGUUUCUGCAGAAUAGGGCCCAAUAUUAUGGCCUGAAGAUAGCUAUAUACUUGGGCUAUCUAAAGAUCUACAUUGUAAAGAUGAGUCCAAAAAUUGUAAAUACAAAUUCACAAUGUACUUCAAUUUUAUGGAAUAUCAAUAUUUUAGAGGCAAUAUUUACUUUAUAUUUCAGUGGCUUAAAAGAUAACAUUUUGGCUUAAGUGUCUUUUACCGAUACAAUAAGACACUAACCUAAAUCCUGAGAGAGAAAAUUAAGUACUGUAUAUAGGUUUACUUUGCUUCUCACAAUGGUUGUGCAAAAAGUCACGUGUCAAUUGAAGUUUUGUAAAUCAAAUUGUAUUUUAAAUGCAUUAGGGAAGCUGCCAUUUAGACGAAACUGGUGAAUCCUUUUAUAAAGCAGAAAACCAUUUUAUAAUACAAGUAAUCACUCUCUAAUCUCUCUGUUUUGUAUGUUUGGAUUUUCAAUACCGACUUUGCUUAAAACAGAGCCCACCUGCAUAAUCAGAGUGGGUUUUGCCAGUGUGCCGCUUGUGCUACCAGUUUCUUGGUUGCUAAGGGCUUAUACUUGAAAACCUGCUGCAGUUUUGUGUGAGUUGAGCUAUCAAGCGAUUCUAUGAUGGCGCAGCAGCAUUCCUGAACAGCCCGAGCAGCCAACCCAUUUCAACCCAAUUCAGCAUAGGACUCUUCUGCUUAGCAGCGUCUCCUCUCUCACAUGUGGCCAUGUUUCAUUAGAAGAUAGGGUGACUCCUGGAUUCACAUCCUAUAAAGUGCUUAGAGUCACAGGUUUUAUAAGAAAUAUGUUAUUAUGUAAACAUACUGAAUUGCAUGUGUGUUAGAAUUUUUUAGCAGUAUUUUAGCUUGAAAAUACUUGUACAAAUACUGUUAGAUUUAGUUGCAAAUAAUUGUUCUCAAGUUACUGGAAUAAAUGGCAAAUGAAACAA